UUCAGAUUGAUCCACAGCUCUAUCAUUCAUGAGGUGGCAGAAAAGACAUCACAUUCAUUUCUCAGCAGAAUAAGCACAGCUUCCUAUUACCAUGGAUAAACAGUCCACAGUGGUGUUUCGUAAUGUGGGGCAAUGGUACUUCCCCCAAACCAGAGUGGAGUGCCACUACAGUCUGACCUCCGACCAUCAGUGGAGCAGCAGUGACUGGAUAGGGAUUUUUGAGAUGGGCUGUUCUUCACUGAAACAGUUUUACACAUAUACAUGGGCUCUUGUUCCUGAAGGCUACACUGAGGGUACCAGUGUCAGCUGCUGGGUACUUUUCCCAGCACACUACCUGCCCCGCCCCAGUUCUGUGGAGUAUCAGUUUAUAUAUGUGGAUAAGAUGGGAAAGGUGUGUGCUCGCAGUCGCCCCUUCACUUUCUGUACUCCCAAGCCGUUGGAGGAGUUGGAGACCCUGAAAGAGGAACGAGAGGAGGACGACGGAGAGGAGGAGCUGCUCCUAGUCAUCCCCAGGUCUCAGCUGCUGCAGAGUCGGCUGGAGGAAUGCUCAAAAAAACAAGCGGAUAUACAGCAGGCUCUGGACAUGGCUAAAAAGGAGGCAGAGAAUGAGAAAAAGAACAGCAGGAAAGCAAGGGAGAACUGGGAGCGCGAAAGUGAAGCAAUGAAGGAGGAGAUCUCAGAGCUUAGAGACAACUUGAGACACAACUGUGACAUGUUAAAGAAGAUUGAUGGAAAACACAAGAAUGUGAAAUAUAGUCAGGAAAACCUGACAUCUGAACUGAGUAAACUCAUGGCUGAAAAUGCUGAGAGUCAGCAGCGAAUCAAAGACCUGGAGGAGGAAAUCAAGGGCCUGAAUGACAGGGAGAAAGAGGAAAACGGGGAACUGGAAAGGCUGAAGGAGAGAGUGAAGAAAACGUCCAGUCAAAUGAAACACGAUGAGGAAAAGAGAAAGUGUCUGCAGGUGGAGAACGAGGCUGCUCUGGCGGAGGUGCGAGGGCUGCAGGAGCGUCUGGUGGCUAGUGAGCAAGUAGCCGAGAGCCUGCGCAGGGAGCUGAGAGAGCUGGGCACCCGUCAGGGCCAUACCCACACCGAGCUGCAUCAAGCCCGGCUGCAAGUAGCCCAGCUCACCCUGCAGCUGUCUGAAGAGAACUUGGUCCUCAGGGAGGAGCGUGCCAACUGGGUUCUAGAGAGAGAAGCUUACAAACAUGCAGCAGAAACGGAUACAAAGAAAUUACAAGAACUGAGCUGUGAGGUGCAGAGGAAGGAGGAGUGGCUACAGGAGGAGAGGGUGGAGAGGGAGAAACUAGAAGUAGAGCUUGGGCAAGAGAGAGAUUCCAAUCGAGUGCUGCUGAGUGAUACUAAGCGAGAGCUGCUGGAGCUGAAGGCCAGCGUGAGGAAAGCCCAGAAAGAGAGAGAGGAGCAGAAGGUGGAAAAACAGGAUUUGACAAGGCAGCACUGUGUGGAGUGUGGUGAAGGGAAGCAACUGGUCCUACUAGAACUCAUCGACCCCAUCCUGAGUGAGCUGGCCGACUCCCCCAUGUGGUAACAAAAAGAAAGAUGGAUGGAAAGUUGCUUGUUUACCACUGUGAUGCAGGUUCAUGUGGGUCAUAAGAAACCUUUGGAAUUAUUCUGUUCUUGUUUUGUAGCUUUUCAUGUAUAAAUCGGCCUUCACAAAGGUCAAAUGUAUAGUGCAGAGCUUUUACCUCAUGGGUGUCCAUAUUCAAAGACAACAGCACAAUGUAUAAGUCUUAAGUGUCCAGAAUUAUUUUAUAAGUAUGGCUAAUGGUGUUAUUACUGAUUAAGGAUUAAUUAAACUCCUUUAGACUUAAAAAUGUUUAUUUUAGACUCUAUUUGUAAUCCCUAGAUUUUCUAGCUUUUUUAGCUGAUUACAACUGUUUUGAGGAAAGCGUCAUUGAUGCCUUAAUUAGCUUUGAUUAAAUACAUUUUGUUUUGGUGGCAUAUCAGCCCGUAACCUCUGCAUGUGAGUGUAAAUCUUGAAACCGUGUCAAAAGUGUGGGUGUGUGUGUUUACAGACAAGUGUGAAAUGUAGUGCUGCAGCUUGUUGAGCACAGCGUCAGGUUUGAAAAACAUGAAAGUUAAUUUAUGAAUUUUUUGUUUGUUGAUCUGAGCUUCUGUUGAAGAGAUGGGGCUCUUCAAUGAAAUAUGAUGAUAAAUACAUGUUGAUGGCAGCCUGUAUUUUUGAAAUUUCAUCCUAAUACUUUCUGUGUAAAAGUUUGUAAAGGGAUGGCAAAGAAGACGACAACUGGACGUUGAAAGGUCUAAGAACAAAAAGCGCCCUUUAUCAAAAUACAAGAAAGACAAUGACAAGCAACAAAUAAGAAAAAAAUCUAAAUCUAAAAACAUGAACAGAUUGUGUGUGUGUGUGUGUGUGUGUGUGCGCGCGCGCGUGUGCGUGCGUGUGUGCGUGUGUAUGUCAGAGCUAUUUUGGUCUAAGUCCAAUUGAAAUAAAACUGAUGAGGUGUCUGAAUCCCUGAACAUGAAGAUAAAGAUUGUGUGUAUAAAAAGACAUCAGUUAAAAAACAACAACAAAAUGUAUCAGAGAUCAGAUGGUUCCAGCUUUAAAAGUCAUUUGAGAAUCAUUUGAGAACAUGAAAUGACCUCACAUCACACAACACAAAGUGAAUAUAUUUUACAUCAAUGACCUCAAUAAAGUUUCUAUGAAUUAAA